GGCCAGUAAGUUUAGAUAGGCGGUAGUUUUGUGUUUGCGCCCGCUAGAGGUGGAUGCAUCACUGCUGUUAAGGCUGGGAUGGACUGGCAAAAACAACUGGGUUCUGCAUAUUCCAUCGGAAUAUACAGAGGUGCUGACGUUAAGCUUUGAAAUGCAAAUAUAAAAAGUGGUUUACUUAUAAGCCAUCUUAGAUCCGGGAAAAGAGGGUCGCUUUUAAAUUUCUUUCACUACAGUGAGCUCAGCCUCACGUACCUGCUUGUCAUGUGUCGGUGACCGAAUUGCAAGGUAGUGGGGGAAACAGUGAAGAAUUUGAGAAUUGUGUUGGGCACAUUAAUACAGACUGCGAUGCUGGAACUUGACAUUUUGCGUUUUUAUACACGUGGACGUUUUAUUACUGGUCAGAAGUACAUUUGAGAUGAAGAAUACUUUUUGUUUCCACUUUCGGGGUAUUUGAACGAAAAAAAAAAAAAAAUAUAUAACCCCUUUCAAGGAAAACAUAUAUUCAUUUCUAACUUUUAAAAGGAAUGCAUAUUCAACAUAUAUCAUUAAAAGAGGAAACCCAAAGGAUUACUUUAAUAAAAUGAAAAGUAAAAACGUUGCAAAUAUCAAAUGAUGGAACACAGUCGCUGAAGUGAAAAUUAAAACAAAAAGGAAGAGAAAAUAAAAUUGACACAAAGUAAUUUCUGGGAAUGGAAAGACUGCCACUGAGGUGCCACUGAGAUGAAAACGUGAACGCUGUAUUCUCUUAUUGCAUACAUUUUUCGAAAGCUGAACUAAAAUUAAAAUGAAACCCAUAACACUUCUAUAUCGAACCAUACUUGGACUUGUGUGGAACUGUUGGGGUUUGAUGGAUUGUGUUCACUGUGGUUUGGAGGGCAACCAUGUCCAUUCUAGUUUUAUUUACAGGAGGUUGCGCAACCAUGAAAGAAGAGAGAUUCAGAGAGAAAUUCUUUCAAUUCUGGGCUUACCACAUCGGCCCAGGCCGUUUUCCCCUGGCAAACAGGCAUCAUCUGCACCACUUUUUAUGUUGGACCUGUACAAUGCCAUGGCAAACGAGGAGGAAAACGGGGUUGUGGACAGCACCACGAAGGGGUCACGCAGAAAAGCACAGGGAGGUCCGCACAAGGGGUACCAUGCCUUUCCAAACGGAUUCUCUCGUGCAGCACAAUCGAACCGCACAUCCCCCCUAACAACCCAAAGACCCCCACUGGCAAACUCACACGAUACCACAUUUCUGAAUGAUGCUGAUAUGGUUAUGAGCUUUGUUAACUUAGUUGAAAAGGACAAGGAUUUCUCCUAUCAGAGAAGGUAUUACAAGGAGUUUCGGUUUGAUCUCACUCAAAUCCCCGACGGAGAAGCAGUAACGGCUGCAGAGUUUAGGAUUUAUAAAGAUCGCAGUCACGCUCGAUACGAGAACAAAACCUUAAAGAUUAGCAUAUAUCAAGUCAUCAAGGAAUACCAAAAUAGAGAUUCAAGCAUUUUCUUGUUAGACUCAAAGAAGGUAAAUGCCUCUGAUGGUGGCUGGCUGGUUUUUGAUAUAACUGCUACAAGCAACCACUGGGUGCUAAGCCCCCAACAAAACAUGGGCCUUCAACUUUGUAUUGAAACAACGGAAGGUCGCAGCCUCCACAUCAAAUCUGCAGGCAUGGUCGGAAGAAGUGGGCCUCAGUCGAAGCAGCCGUUCAUGGUGGCUUUCUUCAAGGCAAGUGGAGUGCUGGUUCGAUCAGUGAGGGCUGCCAACCAUAAAAGAAAAAAUCUAAACAAGAACAAAGCUGGUCGUCAUCAGGACUCCUCGCGGGUAACCAAUGCUGGCGAUUACAACACCAGUGAAAAAAAGCAAGCCUGUAAGAAGCAUGAACUCUAUGUAAGCUUUCGUGACCUUGGCUGGCAGGACUGGAUUAUCGCACCCGAGGGCUAUGCUGCUUUCUACUGUGAUGGAGAAUGUUCCUUCCCCCUCAAUGCUCAUAUGAAUGCUACUAACCAUGCUAUAGUGCAGACCCUGGUUCAUUUGAUGUUCCCAGACAAUGUACCAAAGCCUUGCUGUGCACCAACCAAACUGAAUGCUAUCUCAGUGCUGUACUUUGAUGACAGUUCAAACGUGAUCUUAAAAAAAUACAGGAAUAUGGUUGUACGGUCAUGUGGAUGUCAUUAAAAGGGGAGGGCUGCUUUUGGAAUGGCUGUUAUCAGCUCUCAAGAUGUCUGCUAUUACUGGAAAAGAAUAUCAACGUUAUACCUAUUUAAUCUUUGGUUUUAUGUACAGUAUUAUGUAUAUAGUAGUUCCCUGUACGUGUUAUUUAUUUAUUUUUAUUUGGUGAUAAUAUUCUUUUCUAUAAUGUUUAAAUGUAAAACAGAUAAAACCUUGACAAUUGGAAAACACUUGGUAAAUGAUUUGAUUGAUUUAAUAUUUUAAUUACAACUUUUGAAGUGAUUAGUUUAAUCCUAUAAUUAAUAUUUCUAAAUCUACAGCUGGCCAUUACACUGUUUAUAAUUUAGAACACCACAUGCUCUCUCAUUAAUCCUAAAAGGCAUGAACUCCUUUUAAUGCAGCUAAUGCAGCUAACAUAUAAAAAUAAAGGUUUUUUGUUUUUUUUUAUUGAACUGACUCAGUAUAAGGGGCUUAAGGUAAACAAACCCCUUAUUUAUAUUUUGUUAAAUAUAUUUUGAGAAACAAGUACCAUAACAUGGUGCUUAGUCUAUAAACGUUUAGUUAACUAUUCAAUAAAGUAUUCAUUUUACCAAGAGUAUCUUUAUUUAAAAAAUAAUCAGUAUAAAACAAUACAAAGUAAUAGAUAAGAAAAUAUUGAUCUUUAUGUUUCAUGUGUUUUGGCCUUCAUAUUCUGAAAUAUCUGCAUGCAUGUAGUGUUCUGGAUUGAAAAAUACAAUGCAAAACAAAUAGCCCAAUCCUUUCUUGGCAUUGUAUGGAAAUAUAAAAGACACAGCGCCUGACAGAUUUGUUAUUAGCUUUCAAAUUAUACUGAAAUGCUUUUAAGAUUUGAGGAAAUAAAAACAUGCCUAAUAUAUAAGGAUUAGUACCUUGUCGUUUGCUAAAUGUAUCACCUUUGUGUAGUACGUUCAUCCUUCAUUUUAUUGUAUUAUUAAAAUUGACGUUGGUAUUUGAGUAAUAUAUUUUUAAAUAAAGAUGUACCGUUGUUAUUUUUUGAGGUGUGUGUUUAUGUUUUAUUAAAGCUAAAUUAUAUACAUUUUUUGUGUAAUCUACAGUUACAGCUUACGAACAAAGGAACUUUUCCAGUAAUCUUUGUGUUUCCGGAAAAAAUAAGAUUCCGAUAGGGAGUUUUCGACUAGAAUAUUAAAGUACAGUAUCUUGAUGAAAAUUGUAACCGUUGUUGUUAUGUAAACAUAAUUUUUUGAUACGUCCUUGUAUGCAACAAGCAAUGUUUAUUUUGCCAAGGAGAAAUACUUACAACAAUAGAUGUGGCUAUGGCUUGGCUUUCUUGCAAACAUAAAAAUAAGUCUGACCUUUUUGGCGCCCUGUGGCUUGUUUUGCAUGAAGUUUAGGAACUCUAAAUCCUCUCUCCAUUGUCGUGAGAAUAUUGCGAGGAUAGUUGCGAGGAUAUUACAUAGCAUAUUACAUAUUUGAUUACACAAAAAAGCCUUAUAUAUGAGCUACUAGUAGAAGAAAACGCAUCUUGUUUUUUUUAAAUGCUGAGGCUUGACAAGUGUUAAAAGUCAGACUGCUAUUUGCAUAUUAAAUAGAAGGAUCCUAAUUAAUUAUGCAAUGUUUGUAACAGCAAAAUUCUACAGUAAAUGUAUUCUGUUUGAAAUUGUUGCCAAUUUUGUUGCCUUGUUUUUAGCUAAUGUUAACCCCUUGCGGUCCUAUGUCGGACCAGGUCCGACAUUACAAUUUUCCCUUUCCGAUCCGAUUUCGGACCCUGUUCGACAUCAUCAAAGAGACGUAAAACACAGAUCUAUAGUCGUUUUUUCUCUGGAAAAAGCUGAGAAAACCAUUCAAUGGCCGAGUGAGAGCAAUAGGAGCCGAGAGAAGCUGAAAAAAAGGGGCGGAUCUGAGCAAUACACAUAGCCCCAGCACCACAGAGAUAACACGGCCAUAAACAAACAAGAUAGUUUCUUCCACAUCCAGCACUCAAAGAAUAUCACUGAUAUUUGCAGAGCUUUUUGAGAUGUUAUAGUAAUAAAAUAAUGACUUGGAUCGCAUUAUUGAGGAGUUUGGUGAUAAAACGAGUGACCAGGAGAUGAUUUAUCAGUAUGCAUUACUAUGAAGAGGUAUGUGAAAAAUACAGCAAACAAGGGGUGGGGCGGGGCAGGAGAUGCAGUACUGAGUGUCCUGUUGAUAUGCAGGGCCUUUUACACCUGUUUUACUGUUAAAAAAAUACUUUUAAACAGCGCCUCUAAAAUAAACUGCACGCGUGAAAAUAAAUUGGACCUGACUCGCCUGAGACACCUGAAUAAAUGGACCGCAAAGGGUUAACAGAUCCCUGCUUGAGUUGCCCUGUAAUAACUGCACACAGCAGCUUCUGUGCUGUUGCUAGGCAGUCGUCAACCACUUCUCUGAGCAUGGCACCGGCAAACUUUAAAUGUGUUAAUUGUUAGUAAUGUUAAACUACUGUAACGUUGAAAUUUGUUUUCUAUUGUUUUGGUCAGAUUACAAUAUGUGCACUAUUCAGAUUAUUUUAUGAAUGUUAUUGUAGCCUUUAACAGAUAAGGAAGGAAACAAAGGCAAUUAUCAUCUUCAGCUCUAAACCUGCCAUGUACUAUCUGUGGUAGAGGACCGGCUUUAUGGUUAAUAUUUAAAUAAACAUGGACAUUUUUAAAAACCAA